AGGGCGUGCCCCUACCCCAUGCCUCUUCCCGACCCUUUCCGGAGGCUGGCUCGCCUCUCCCUGCCCCCUGUCUGGGACCCUCAGGAGCAAGUCAGGACGCCGCGCUGCUCCUGCGGAGACGGUGCCAGCUGUGAGGGCAGUGGGCGCAGGCCUCCAGACACCAUGAGCGUGGGCUUCAUCGGGGCUGGCCAGCUGGCCUUUGCCCUGGCCAAGGGCUUCACAGCAGCAGGCGUCCUGGCUGCCCACAAGAUAAUGGCCAGCUCCCCAGACAUGGACCUGGCCACUGUUUCUGCCCUCAGGAAGAUGGGGGUGAACCUGACGCCCCACAACAAGGAGACCGUGCAGCACAGUGACGUGCUCUUCCUGGCGGUGAAACCACACAUUAUCCCCUUCAUCCUGGAUGAGAUUGCUGCCGACAUUGAGGAUCGGCACAUCGUGGUGUCCUGUGCAGCUGGCGUUACCAUCAGCUCCAUCGAGAAGAAGCUGACAGCGUUCCAGCCGGCCCCCAAAGUCAUCCGCUGCAUGACCAACACGCCGGUCGUGGUGCGGGAAGGAGCCACCGUGUAUGCCACGGGCACCCACGCCCAGGUGGAGGAUGGCAGGCUCCUGGAGCAGCUCCUGGGCAGUGUGGGCUUCUGCACGGAGGUGGAGGAGGACCUGAUUGAUGCUGUCACGGGACUCAGCGGCAGCGGCCCAGCUUAUGCAUUCACAGCCCUGGAUGCACUGGCUGAUGGGGGUGUGAAGAUGGGGCUUCCAAGGCGCCUGGCAGUCCGCCUCGGGGCCCAGGCUUUGCUGGGGGCCGCCAAGAUGCUACUGGACUCCGAACAGCACCCAGGCCAGCUCAAGGACAACGUCUGCUCUCCCGGCGGGGCCACCAUCCAUGCCUUGCACGUGCUGGAGAGCGGGGGCUUUCGCUCCCUGCUCAUCAAUGCCGUGGAGGCCUCUUGCAUCCGCACACGAGAGCUGCAGUCCAUGGCCGACCGGGAGAAGGUCUCACCAGCUGCCAUCAAAAAGACCAUCCUGGACAAGGUGAAGCUGGACUCCCCUCCCGGCACCUCACUGGCCCCUUCUGGCCACUCCAAGCUGCUGCCCCGCAGCAUGGCCCCGGCAGGCAAGAAGGACUGAGGUGUCCCACCUGCCCGCAGGCCACUCUCUGCCUUUUCCUCCUGGGCUCGGAGCUCUGUGCUGGGAGUGUCUAGCCCCAGGCUUCACAGGAUGUCUUCACAUUGGCCCACUGCCCGUGGCUCUGGUCCACUUGGGUCAGUGGAGUUGUAGCCAGGGAGGGGGCACAUCACUUCCCAGUGGGAACCUCCAUGGUCCCCAAGUGUGUCCUGGCCCAGAACAAGGAAGGAUUCUCUGAUCUCAGCCUCCCCCUUCCUCUGUCCCCAAACCAGGUCAGGACCACCUUCCUCCAGAGCUCAGGAGGCUUGGGGGGCUUCAGCACCCAGUGUCAGCUGGCUUGGGCUUGAGUACCAAGGUCAAGGUCCCGCCCGCCCCAACCAUGAAGGCCCAGCCAAGGAGAGCCUUAUCCCACUCCUGCCCUUUCUCCACUCUCCACUCCUUCCUCAGUGUGGGAAGGGCCAGAGGGUCCCUGGAACCCAGCAGAAGGGCCCAUGGUUCUUGGCCAGCCUGACAUGUGAGGAAACGGCUCCUCAGAUGGUUGAACUCCCAAGGCCCCAAUACACUCAGGCCAUCAUCUCCCAUUCCUGGCCCGACCAACAGACGCUGUCAUUUCUGUCUCUUUUUAGGUUAAAUAAAUUGGUUUCCAGCCCCA